AUUUCGACAGCAUUUUUUUUUUGGUAAUUAUUUCGAGCCAGGGUGUAAGAGGAGAAUUCUCCCCUCAUCUGAUCUCCAGUCCCCCAUCUCCGCCUCCCAGCUCUUCCGGCGACGACCGUCCGUCGCCGACGACAAGCUCCUCCGCUGUCGCCUCUCCUAUCAGCUCUUCCGGCUUCCGUUCCUUGGUAUACUGCAGGCUCGCUGCUCCUCCACCCAUCUCCGUUGCCCGCGAACACCUCGGCCGGCUUCGUCGACCUCUGCUUUCGGUGCCCUGUUCCUAUUUGAGACAGAGAGCGGGGGACGAAGCCGCUGUUCUUCCGAUCUCUUUCGACAAGCCCUAGCGCCCCUCGCCACCGCGUCUCUCAUUCUUUCCCGUGCUCUUUUACCCUCGCACGCCUCGGUCCCGCCGCCUCUCUUGCGUCUCCUCUGUCUUGCCCCCUCGCCGCGUUCCACAUCACUCUCCCACCUCCAGCAGAUCUCCACCACCCCCGCCUCUCGCGUUCUUUCUGUCAGCCUCUCACCUCCUUCAUCGGUCCGCCGUUCUCUCCAUCCGCUCGCCGCCUCCUUCUACCAUCUCAGCCUCCCUUCUCUCUUCCUUUCUCAAUUCUCCUCUUCCUCACCCCAGAGUCUUUCUUUAUCCCCUUAUUCCCUCUCUCUCUCUCUCUCUCCCUCUCUCUCUUCUCCAUCAUUCCCGCCCCCUUCGAGUGUGCGCGCUCGAGUGUGUUCGAGGGUGAAGGGCUACCGUGCCCUCUUCUACCCCUCUGACUCACCCUCUCUCAUUUUCCCUCUCCAUUAGUCUAUUUCCUCUCCAAUUUACCCCUGGAGAGGCCUCCAUUAUGCCGCUUCCUAUCUCUUGGCCUGCGAAGGAAACAGAUCAAGGUCUCAAAGGAUCCCUGUGAGGUGAUUAGACUACCUAGUUGUUGAUAUCUGCGAGGUACCAUGUUUUAUCUUAGCCUAAUUGAGCAUAAUUUGCCAGUGCCUCCUCACUUACUUAACCGUCCUCUCCGUGAUGCAAUCAAGGAAGAACUUGAGAGGCUGUUCUUGGACAAGGUUAUCUCAAAUUUGGGGCUUUGCAUCUCUGUCUAUGACAUCCAAUCCAUAGAAGGUGGUUUCAUCUUUCCAGGAGAUGGCUCUUCGACAUAUAAGGUUGUGUUCAGAUUAGUUAUGUUUCGGCCCUUUGUUGGGGAGAUUCUCAGUGGAAGGAUUGAAAAAUCUAAUGCUGAUGGCUUGCGCUUGUCCCUUGGGUUUUUUAAUGACAUAUAUGUUCCUGUUCAUCUGCUGCAACAGCCAUGCAAAUUGGGACCAGGUGAUAUAUGGAUAUGGCAACAUGAAUGCGGAGAAUUGACUCUAGAUCUAAAAGAAGAGGUACACUUUAGAGUGGCUGAUAUUAGAUAUCCAUCCAUCCCGAUUGAGCAGAAGGAAGAUGCAGAACCAUUUGCUCCCAUGGAAAUUAUUGGAGAUAUAUAUGGAGAUGGUUUGGGCCUUCUUUCCUGGUGGGCGGAGUAACCAAUUACGAUGGUGUCAAAGAACACUGCAUAUACCAGUAUCAGCCUCACUAACAAUGCUUUCUUUCAUAGCCAAAUGAGUUUUGCCUGUGUUCAGUCCUUGAUAGUUUUCAUUGAAUCACCUAUGCUUAGAAUCCACUGUAGGGAAACUAAAUUACAAUGCAUCAUUUGACACCCUCAAGGAUUAAAAGGCAUCAUUUUACUGUGAUCUUGCCUUCUCAAAAGUUAUUAUUCCUUGUGUUGAUCAUUAAUCUAGCUGUUUAUGUAUUAAUUAUUGUUACUAUUAC